AUGACUUUCCUAUUGAAUGAAUCAAAACUGGAGAAGGGCACAACAGAAAGAAUAGGGGGACACGGCUCAGCUAACAAUCCUUUGCAUCUUCAUUCUCGAAAUUGUAGAAAAAGUUCGGGACUGCGGAGCAGGAGACGUGGUCGUAGAGGGUGGGGGUGGGGAGAGAAUGCUAAGGGUUGCAGUUUCGAUUUAUCAGAAAACGAAAGAAGGAAAGGAGUAGGACCUGGCCCCGGCCUGCGGGCACUCAGAAGGUUGGCUAUUGGAGCUUUGCGAUUGGUUCCUGAUUCUCCUCUUCCAGAGAGAUUACAGCCCCCACUCUUCCCUCCCCUUUUCUGAUUAGGGCCCACCCCUCGCCUCGGUCCGCCCAGGGCUAGGGUUUUACCUUUCAAUUCUAAAGAGGAGGGGAGCAGAAGGCUGCUGACAGCUGGUCCAGCUACCAUGGCAGAUUCGGAGGUCAGCUGCUUCCUCACCAAACUCUUGUGCGAGAACAAGGCGGGCUCCUCAGACGUCCAGCGUUUGAGCCAGAAGAUCGGCUGGUCCCAGACGCAGCUUAAUCAGAUCCUGCGGGAGGCCGGGCCCGAGCGUUUCUUGCUGGUGGAGGACCAGGACCCCGUCGUGGCCGUGGCCGUGACCCCCUUGCGCCUCUGCGGUCACUACCUGCGGGACGAGUGUGACAGCUGCGAGCGGCUGCAUCUCUGCAAACUAUUCAUUCAGGAUAGGUGCAGGUAUAAAAAGCAGGGGUACAAAUGCAGAUUUUCCCAUGAUAUUCAUUUGCCUGGAAAUAGCAAAAUUCUGAAAAAUAAUGCACUUUUUGGCAUCAAUGAAUCAGAACUCAAAGUCCUGCUUUUUCAGAAUGAUCCUUCCCUUUGGCCUGAGGUCUGCCCUUACUACAACAGAGGUGAAGGGCCCUAUGGAUCCUGCAAUCUCCAAGAUAAUUGUCCCAAGCUCCAUGUUUGUAAACACUUCAUCUGGGGGGAGUGCAGGUUUCAGAAAUGCAAGAGAUCUCAUAAUCUACAUGCUGAAAAUGUGAUGAAGUUGCUGAGAGAUCAAGGGCUGAAUACCUCUGUCAUCUUAAACAUCCAGAGAAUCUGCAAGUAUAAGCAUUCAGAGAUCUGCAAGUCUUUGGACAAGAAGAAAGAUAAACGAUCUGAGUUUGCUUUUACAAGCAACGAGAAGACAAAAAGCAAUGAAAUUUGCCUUUACUACAUCUGGAAAUUCUGCAAACAAAAAAAUAAUUGUAAGAAUAUUCAUUACAAGUUGCCGUACCGAUGGCAACGGUUGGAUGGCAGUGUUUGGAAUGAUCUUCCCAUGAUGGAAGGGAUUGAAAAAAUCUACUGUGACCCAAAGAACUCCAGAUGUGUUUCCCCAGCCCCAUCUCCCUCUUAUCUCACGUACAUCAGUCUCCUGUUCAACUUGGGCCAUGAUCUUCCGCCUCAUUCCCCAAAUGUUGGAGCCCAGAUGGGAGAUCUGAAUAUCAACUUUGAGACUAUGACCAGUGGUUGCAAUCCAGUGCGUCGUUUAUCUACCCCCUCCUCCGUCACCAAACCUGCCAAUAUGGUUUUAACCACAAAAUGGCUCUGGUAUUGGCUAACUGACAAUGGUCAGUGGACUGAAUAUGGAACCCAGGGUGAAAGUCAUCCAAUUUCUUCAAUAACAUCAAUAGAUAUAGAAACAGUAUUUCUUGCUGAUUCGUAUAGCACUAUAGACUUUCAGGCAGGACUUCAGUACUAUGAAAUCAACUUUAAAGAAAUGUUUCAGAGAAAUUUGAUAAGCCAAACCAAAAGAAAAGUAUGUAGGAGGCCAAAAUUCAUAUCCCCUGAAGAUGUGGACAAACUUCGGAAAGGUAACCAAGGAACGGGGAAUCGGCAGAGUGCUUUUACUUUUGCGAUCCCUCCCUCCUGGGACAAAUCAGCUGUGCCAGAUAUUGGCUACAAGCUAGUGGCACUCGAUGAAACCUCUAAAGAAUUCAAUGAUGUCAAGAAUCAGUUUGAAAAGACAAUGACCGGUUUUAUCAUUCAACGGAUCCAAAGGAUUCAGAAUUUGGCUCUUUGGCAAGUCUUUCAAUGGCAGAAGGACCAGAUGAAAAAGAUGAAUGGAGGGAAGGAUGUAGAUGAACGACUUCUAUUUCAUGGAACAAAAUAUAUUCAUUUGAAUGACAUCUGCAGACAUAACUUUGAUUGGAGGAUCUGUGGGACCCAUGCAACAGUCUAUGGCAAAGGAAGUUACUUUGCAAGAGAUGCAAGUUAUUCCCACAAUUACUCAGAGUCUGAGACCAAUGUCAAAAUAAUGUUCCUGGCUCGAGUUUUGGUUGGAGUUUUCACUCAAGGAGAUUCAAAAUAUGUCCGACCACCAAUGAGACAGGGUACAAAGAACACCUUUUAUGACAGCUGUGUCAAUAACAGAUUGGAUCCCACCAUAUUUGUGAUCUUUGAAAAGCAUCAGAUUUACCCAGAAUAUGUCAUAGAGUAUACUGAGAAGAGUAAACAGUGUACCAUUAGUUAAGGCAAAAGAA